CUUUUUGAGAGCCACUCCUCUUCCAACAUGUCUGACGGCCGUAUCUAUGUGGGAAAUCUUCCAAUGGAUAUCCAGGAGAGAGACAUUGAGGAUCUCUUCUUCAAAUAUGGAAAAAUUCGUGAAAUUGAAUUGAAGAAUAAUAGAGUUACCAUCCCUUUUGCAUUCAUCCGAUUUGAAGACCCACGGGAUGCAGAUGAUGCUGUCUAUGGAAGGAAUGGAUAUGGGAACUCCAAGCUGCGUGUGGAGUACCCCCGAUCAACUUCCAGUAAGCCUGGUCCAAUGGGAGGAGGUGGAGCACCAAGAGGAGGGUUUGGACAUCCUAGAAGAUCUGAAUUCCGGGUCAUAGUGACGGGGCUACCCCCAACUGGGAGCUGGCAGGAUCUGAAGGAUCACAUGCGAGAAGCAGGAGAUGUUUGUUUUGCAGAUGUUCAGCGAGAGGGAGAAGGUGUGGUUGAAUUCCUCCGCAGGGAGGACAUGGAGUAUGCACUGCGCAGAUUGGAUCGGACAGAGUUCCGUUCACAUCAAGGUGAGACCUCGUACAUCCGUGUCUUUGAGGAGAGAGAUGCUUCCAGCUGGGGCCAGUCACGCUAUCGUUCCAGAUCCAGAGGUCGCUAUUCUCCACCGUUCUUUAACAGAAGAUCUUCCCCUCCUCGCUACCAGUCACCUCCACGCCAUGCCAAGUCACGUCAUAGCCCACCUCCCAGGAGGCAUCCUCCACAGCAUAGCCCAGCAGCACGUCAUUACCAAUAA